CUAACUUGAAAACCGUUAAACCCUAGCUGCUGCUUAUUCUUCUUCCUCCUCUUCCCUUGGCGCUCUUCUUUUGAGAGCUUCGUUUUCUCCUUAACCUUGCAGAAGAAAGAGCGUAAGAGGAAACGAAAAUGAAUAUGAACGAAGAAAGUGGCGAAGGCAGUGCGAGGAGGAUCCAAGUGCGGUUCGUGACGAAGUUGAAGGCGCCGUUCAUAGUUCCGUCCACCGCCAUCGCAAUCCCUGUCGACCUCACUCGAUUCGGUCUAUCAUCUCUUGUCAACGCACUCAUUCAAUCCAACGAUGCUGAUUAUCAGCCUGAGCCUUUUGAUUUUUUGAUCGAUGGCGAGUUCGUGCGGAUGUCGCUCGAGCAGUUUCUUCUCGCUAAGGGAAUCUCUGCGGAAAGGAUAUUGGAAAUUGAGUACACAAGGGCCGUGGCCCCACGGAAGGAGGAAGACCCUUCUUUACACGAUGACUGGGUCAGUGCUGUUGAUGGUUCUUCUUCUCGGUUCUUUUUGACAGGAUGUUAUGAUGGUUUAGGGAGGGUAUGGAAAGGUGCUGGAUUAUGCACUCAUGUAUUGGAGGGACAUAGUGACGCAAUCACUUCUGUUAGUAUCAUCAAUCCAGAAGGUCUGGAAACUAUUACGGUGGCUACUGCUUCAAAAGACCGGACAUUGAGGCUAUGGAAGUUCAAUACAGAAGAGCCUGUAAACCAGCCUAUGAGGGUCAGGGCUUACAAAAUCUUGCGUGGUCAUAAGUCUGCUGUUCAGAGUGUGGCAGUGCAGACUUCUGGAGAAAUGGUUUGUUCUGCUGCUUGGGAUUGCACCAUCAAUCUAUGGCAAACUAAUGACUUUAAUGCAGAAGAUGACCUAGUUUCUAAGAAGAGAAAAAUUGGAGAUCAAGUUGAGGACUCUCAAUUGGAGGGAGAGGCUUUCACUACCCUUGUUGGCCAUACACAGUGCGUAUCUUCUGUGGUUUGGCCACAACGGGAGUCAAUAUUUUCUGCAUCAUGGGAUCAUUCUAUUAGGAAAUGGGAUGUUGAGACUGGCAAAAACUUGACAGAUAUAUUCUGUGGGAAGGCUCUCAACUGCCUGGAUAUUGGUGGGGAAGGUUCUGUUCUGAUAGCUGCUGGAGGUUCUGACCCUGUCAUUAGGAUUUGGGAUCCUCGUAAGCCAGGCACUUCUGCUCCUGUUUUUCAGUUUGCUUCUCAUACAUCUUGGGUUUCGGCCUGCAAAUGGCAUGAUCAAUCUUGGUUUCAUUUACUUUCUGCAUCUUAUGAUGGGAAAGUUAUGUUGUGGGAUCUGAGAACUGCGUGGCCACUUUCUGUCAUUGAAUCACACAGUGAUAAGGUAUUGUCGGCCGAUUGGUGGAGAAGUGACAGUGUUAUCAGUGGUGGAGCAGACUCCAGACUUUGUAUUUCUUCAGAAAUCCCUGUAAAGUAAGCUAUAAAGAAUUAGUGAAAUAUGAACACACCAUCGAUGUCUAUCAUUCAUUCAUCAUUGGGAUGUUCAAUCCCCACACCAACUGUGCCGCAGACGCAGGGGAGAAGGCUGCAUCGAAUACAGUUUAUUUUAAAAACUCAAAUUAAAUUCUAUUGUUGAAAUCUACCAUUAUAUUGAACCUUACUAUAUGUGCGUGAACAAUUUUAUAUAAUUUUCAAUUAAACUGCUCAAUAUUCUUAA